CCCGCCAUUAAUUUUUUUGUCUUUUUAGUGUCAAUCCCAUUCUAAAUUUUAAAUUACACAUUCUUUCUAUUCCGUAGUAUGUCCGACACAGAAAAUAAAACUACUGAGGAAAAAACAGAGACAAGCGGAGAAUAUAUCAAACUCAAAGUUGUUGGACAAGAUAGUAGUGAAAUUCAUUUUAGAGUAAAAAUGACAACGCAAAUGAGCAAAUUAAAAAAAUCUUACAGUGAAAGAGUGGGUAUUCCAAUAGCUUCCCUAAGAUUUUUAUUUGAUGGAAGAAGAAUAAAUGAUGAAGAAACACCUAAACAAGUAAUUUCAUUAUUUUUCAUAAUCCUCAUAUUUUGUUUAAUGGUAAUAAUUUUAUAUUUAAAUUCUAAUAAAUGUUUAAAGCUUGAAAUGGAAAAUGAUGAUGUAAUUGAAGUGUACCAAGAACAAUCUGGAGGACACUAAAUUAUUCACUAACCUAAAGAAAUUGUUAUAUAUUAAAAUUAUUUUCUAGUGAUAUCUGUAAAUAAAAUAAACACUACAAUUAUUCAUGUAAUUUAUAGUUUUUAAUAAAAUAUAUUAGGUAAUUAGU